AUCGAAUAUUAGUUCCCGUGCUGCAAGCUACAGACGAUCCUUCAGUAACAAAUAUGAUAUUGACAUUAAUAUGUGAAUCUUGGUUGGACCAUAUUUAUGUGAAUAAAAUCAGAUUCAGUGAAGACGGUGCACUUCAGUUACUUCAUGAUUUUGGAUAUGUUGUAGUAUGGUUGGACAAUUCUCAUUAUGUAACGGACCCGAUGCGAAAAAAAUUACUCAAAAAUGAAGUAUUGAAACGAUGUGAAGGAGUAGGUAAACUAUUGUUGAGGCGACCUGGAGAAAGAAUAAAAAUGAUGAAAAACAAGUCUAGGAAGCUACCAGAUCCAGAAUUGUCUUCCGAAAGUGAGAAAGAUGAAUUGAUGCCAGCAGAAAUGUAUGUUCCAAAUCAAGAACAGUGGCUGGAAUUGAGAGCAAUUAAGAAAAAAAGAUUACUUUCAUUACCUGUAUGUUGUGGCGAACCAUAUGAAUGAAUUCAUAAAUGAA